CCCCGUGGCCUGGCCUCACCGAACCCAAAACAAAAAACAAAAACAGCACAAAAAUACUCAACUAGAAACCGCAAACAGAAGCAAGGAAUUUAAUUAAGGGAGCAGAAGGAAAAGCUAGCACUAGCAGGCCAAGAUUAGAUUAGAUUAGAUGGAACCAAUUGACUGCAACAUCGGCGAGGAGUACCAGAACUACUGGGAAACCAAAAUGUUCCUCCACAACGAAGAACUCGACAGUUGGGCGAUGGACGAGGCCUUCUCCGGGUACUACGACUCGAGCUCGCCGGACGGAGCAGCAUCGUCGGCUGCGUCGAAGAACAUAGUCUCGGAGAGGAACCGCCGGAAGAAGCUGAACGAGAGGCUGUUUGCGCUCAGGGCGGUGGUCCCCAACAUUAGUAAGAUGGACAAGGCGUCAAUAAUCAAGGACGCGAUUGAUUACAUCCAAGAGUUGCACGACCAGGAAAGAAGAAUCCAAGCGGAGAUAGCUGAGCUGGAAUCGUCCGGGAAGAUGAAGAUGAUGAUGAGCCCUUGCUCCGGCGACUUCGAGGUGGAACUUCCGGUGCUGUUGAGAUCCAAGAAGAAGAAGAAGGUCAACGACCAGUUGUAUGAUUCCUCCGCCGGCUCCUUCCGAUCUUCCUCCUCCCCCAUCCAGCUUCUAGAAUUGAGAGUGGUGUAUAUGGGGGAGAGGACAGUUCUGGUGAGCUUGAUGUGCAAUAAAAGGAGGGACACAAUGGUGAGAUUAUGCGAGCUAUUCGAAUCUUUGAAGCUCAAAAUUAUCACCGCAAACAUUACCACAGUCUCUGCCCAUCUUUUGAAGACAGUCUUCAUCGAGGCGGAAGAAGAUGAAAAGGAUGAUUUGAGACAUAAAAUAGAAGUUGCGAUUGCAUCUCUCAACGACCCUGAAAGUCCUAUGAGCAUGUAGUUACAGCAAUGAAGUAUCCAAACAUAAACCGUACCAAAGAGGGCAAAAAAAGAAAGGUGUAAAAAAGGAGUCCAAGAGAAACAUUAACAUAUGAUGAGUUGAGUGAUGGUCUCACUCAUAUUUGGUUUGUCUUUUCCAUUUUAUCUCAUUGUGGGAGAAGUUAUAAAUGUGUUGAUUUCAUGCAUGGGGCUUUCAUUCCAUCUCGUUCCUUCCUAAUCCGAUGUCAAUCCCUCUCCUCUACGCAUAUCCGAAAUGGAAAGGUACUAUGUUGUUUUCUUAGGAAGGAGUAAAGGGUAGGAAUAGAA